UGGGUGUGUGGGGAUGCUGUAGGUUGGAUAUAUUGGCUGCAAUGUAUACGGAGUGGGUGUAGAUGGCGUAGGGCUGUGCAAGAAAGGUUGGAGUCGGGAUAUCAGGCACUCCCGGUUGAGUUUAGUGGAAGAUGGCGGCUGAGGAUCGGGAGCGGGAUCAGGCCCGCAGUGAUAACGCGAAACAGAAGCGAAAGGAGCAGCUGAAGCGCUGGCUGGGCUCGGAGACCGACCGGGAGCCCGAGCGGCCCCGCACCAAGCAUGUCCGAGUCAAGUUCAACGAGGGAGCAGUCUUCCUGGCAGCCUGUUCGAGCGGGGACCAGGACGAGGUGGAGAAGUUGCUGCAGAACGGAGCUGACAUCAAUUACACCAAUGUGGACGGACUGACCGCCCUUCACCAGGCCUGCAUUGACGAAAACCUGAGCAUGGUUACCUUUCUGCUGGAGCAUGGUGUCGAUGUCAAUCAGCCUGACAAUGAGGGCUGGACAGCACUCCAUGCGGCGGCCUCCUGUGGCUUCAUGGAGAUCACACAGUACCUAAUCAAACAGCGAGCAAGCGUUGCAGCUGUGAACAGUGAGGGCGAGUUGCCAAGUGACAUUGCCCAGGGUGAAGCUAUGGAGAAGAUGCUGAAGGAGGUCAUUAAAAAGCAAGGGGUCGAUGUGGAGGUGGCCAGAAAGGAGGAGGAGCAACGAAUGGUCCAGGAUGCCAGGCAGUGGCUUAAUCGAGGAAAAUCGGAAGAUAUUCGGCACCCAAAAACUGGAGCAAGUGCCCUUCAUGUUGCUGCAGCCAAAGGUUACUUGGAGGUCAUGAAGUUAUUAAUCCAGGCUGGCUUUGAUGUGAACAGUCGAGACAAUGAUGGUUGGACUCCAUUUCAUGCAGCUUCUCACUGGGGCAAAGAAGAAGUCUGCAGAUUGUUGGUGGAGAACUUGUGUAACAUGCAGGCUGUCAAUAAAGUGGGUCAAACCGCAUUCGAUGUUGCAGAUGAAAGGCUCUUGGAUUUGCUGGAGGAGCUACAGACAAAACAGACUGUUUUGAGGAUUGAGAAAGAGAAGCAAGCCAAGAUGGAGGCCUCCCUUAUUGAACUGUCGAAUGCCUCUCAGCAAUUACCACCCAGGAGCAGGAGGACUUCUAUUUCCCGUAUGAGCAGCAAAGAUAAGAUUUCAAUGCAUGACAAGGAGCGCAAGACACUGGAGUCUGUAAUGCUGGAGCACGUUAACGAUGAUGAGGAGGAGAGGAAGAAGUUGAACGGCUCAAGUUCUGAGGAAGAGAUACCUCAUGAAGCUGAAUCCGAGGCUGAGAAGGCCAAAGUCCGUCUAAACGUGAACAACCUCACCAAGCGGAGCAUGACAACUGACUCCAUCCUCUCGUCCACUACUGCAAGUAACAAGAGGUUUUCAGGCUCCCCCGCCAAAACAGCAGCUCUCGAAGAGGAGAAGAGGGAGCAGCAGUCCCCAGCAGCGUGGCGCACUGCCCUACGCAAAACAGGAAGCUACGGAGCCCUCAACAACUUGCAGCCACCACCAGAGGAGCAGAGAGGGAAAGAGACAGGAAUUGUCCGUUCAGCAUCUAGUCCCAAGCUGACUCUGGCUGAAUCCAAGGAGAAGGAGAAAGAACCUCGAUUAGCCCGUGUUCCACCCACUCCAACAAGAAAGCUCUUCACUAUUGGAGAUACCAAUGAGGCCAAAUCCAGUGAUUCUACAGCCCCGUUGGCUCGCAGUGCCUCCUACUCAAGGCAGCGGGAGGAUGACUCUGGCAAUCCAUUGGGCAGCCUGGCGCGGAGUUCAUCCUACACACGACGACCGACAGAUUUGGACAGCAACAAAAGGGAUAAGGACCUCAGCAACACCGUGCCGACUUCCUCUGGCGUCUCCAUCGCGGCAGUCUCUGGUUAUCCAAAGAGUCACUUACACCUGAAAAUGAUAGGCCGCAGUUAUAGUGCACAAGACUUCAGACUUCGUUCCAGACCAAUGUCACCCUCCAGCCAUAAGGUUAUUAACUCUGACACUGCUUCUGCCAGCAUCGCCAAUUUUAUAAGUGCAUCUUAUGCAAGAAGACAGGAGGGUCUUGCCAGUAGCUCUGUCCCAGGACCUGUUACAACGAUGUCUAGCACAGGCUCCUCCUCCAAUCCUCCCAGUAGUUUUCUUCUCGAAUUUACAACGAGGCACUGCAGAAUUAGAAUUGGCCAAACAUCCUUUCUCUUUUCCAUUAGUUCCAUGAUAGCCUUUGAGACCUCAGAGGAGGGCAAUAUAAGGUAUGGACAGACGACAUGUCGGGUUGGGGCUUUCUUCAGACUGACUUCUGCUAUCCUGUACUGUAUAAGGGAACAACUCCCAGAUUUACUUUGUUCCUUCAUAUCCUUCAGUUCCCAGGCUCGAAACCAAGCGGGAAAUGGAGCAGAGAAAGAGAGUACGCAAGGCACUGGUUAUGGCACUGUGAAUCGUGAAAGACGCAGAUCCUACCUCACUCCAGUUCGUGAUGAGGAAGCUGAAGCACAACGGAAGGCGCGUUCACGACACGCCCGCCAGUCUCGCAGGUCCACACAGGGUGUAACACUUACGGACCUCCAAGAGGCUGAGAAAACAAUUGGAGUGCAACGCGAGAAGAAAGCUGCAGAACAGGAGAAAGAGAAAGAGAAAGAGAAAGAAAAAGAAAAAGAAAAAGAGAAAGAAAAAGAAAAAGAAAAGGAAGAGAAAGAAGAAACUAAAGACAUUGCCUCAAAAUACAGAUAUAGCAGGAGCAGUCAGGAUGAGGAGAAGAACUGGCGUUCACGAUUAGCCAACCUACAGAAAGCGGAUCUGUUGGGUCUAACCUCGUAUUCCUCAGAUUCCAAUCGUUCUACUGUCCCCAGCUACACUUGCCACAAUGCCGUGCAGCCACUCGACAACAAAGAAUUGGAGAAAGCUAAAGAAGAGGAGAAGGAAUCAGAUGAUUCUUCUUUCAGAAGGUCUGGUACAAGAGACCGGAGACGGCCGAGGGGGAAGCGAAGAUCAACAGGAGUGCAUUCCCUAUCACAAGAUGAUGAGAAUGACCAAGAUGAGUCAGAUGGUGAGGAUGUGCUGGGAUCACAGAAGAGACAGACCGAUAAUCUGUCAAGUUACAGGGAAGAUAUCUCAGCAAGAAGUCAAGGGAACCAAUCAAACAGAGGAACGAGCUAUUUGGACACAAGCCUGCAUUCUGUACGGGCUAGUCGGCUCGAUAGUGACAGUGACAGACAAGGCUAUAAAAAGUUGUAUGAAGAACUUCAGAAAGAGAAUGUCCAGCUGCAGGACCAACUGCAAGAGAUGCAGAUGAAGAUUUCACACACUAAAUUGGAGUUGGAGAAGGCAACACAGAUGCAAGAAAGAUUUGCAGACAGGACUGCCCAUCUGGAGAUGGAGAAAAAGGAGCGGAAAGCUUUAGAAAGAAGAAUCUCCGAACUUGAGGAAGAACUGAAGGUUUUAACAGAUUUGAGAGCUGACAACCAGAGACUGAAAGAUGAAAAUGGUGCACUGAUUCGUGUCAUCAGCAAACUCUCCAAGUAACUGGUCUUCACUUCAACACUUGCACAAAGCUUUCUGGAGUGAUGGAAUGUACUGCCACUGGUCUCCAUGCCCAGACGCUUGCCUCACCCUCUCUAUAGAGGGAUUGCUAUUCAAGCCACGACUAUUGCUAUUACAGCAGCACUUGGACUGCCAUCCCAGGGUAAUUUGGAAGGGCAUGUUUAUUGAAAUCUGUAUAAAUGAUGCUCGUAACCGGUACCUAUAUAGCCACACCACAGAGGAACAGCAAUUCUGUGAGGAAUAGUUAUAAAUGGGAGCCCACAGUCUUUGAUGAUGACAACUGGCCCAAUCACCACACGGGACCACUCUUCAUUCAUGGGACUUUGAUGACAAAACAGCACUUUGCUUCGUUAUUAAUACAUGACGAGUUGAAGAAAUUGACACAUCAUUGGUCAGAUUGGAAAGAUGGAGUGGAAAGUUGUGCUUGACAGAUUCUUCAUUUUGGGUUGUGUAACAAGGGAAUGGACCAGAAAAAGACACAUGCAUUUGUUUUAAUUAGUCCAUUAUUAUUUUGAUCUUGAAGCUAUGCAAAGCCUCACCAGUUCCUCCAUUGUGCAUGGAACUUACCGUCAAGUUACUGACCUCUGCAGACUGUUUUACAGGAUUGUGACUUAGAAAGUAGUUAAGGCUUCACCCUCUCACCCAAUACUCUGUGCCCCCAAGCAUGAGUCGUACUUACUUUUAUGACCAAACUUGCGAAUAUUUUAACAGGUUCCAAGAUACUGCUGCUUUUAGAAGGGAAGAUACAAGAGGAAAGUACCAAUUAGAAAUGAUUUCCAGCAGGAAUGGAUGGAACCCAGGUAGUGGAUAUAUAUAUAUAUAUAUGCAAGGUGCACUUUAAGAAAUGGCUCUAACAUCCAAGUCAUUGUUAUUUGGGUAUAACUUUGCAGAGGAUUGUACAAGCAACAAUGGAGAGAUCCUGAAUGGUUGGUAGUCACUGGGGGCAGACAGAGCUACUUUUAAUUCCUGAUCUGGCCAAUCUUAGUGGAGGAAAUAAAAUAGGGCAAAAACUACAUGUAAUGUUAGUGUAAAUUUAUCAUAGAAUUGGCACGUCAUUUUUUUUCAGUUGAAAUUUCUCUAAUAUUCUCUGCCUUCCCUUAAGUUCCUGACAUUUCAUUCCCCUCAACUCCAACUAUUUUGACGCACGUCCCUAAAUGUAUUUCUUUUUUUCCCUCUCAUUAGCUCCCCUAUUGCCAAAUAAAAACCAAAGUAUGUGUGUUUACGUUGAGGCAAUAUAGUUAACAGAUCUCCAUAUUACGCAGCUUACCGUACUGGCUCGGAUAUAAAAGCCCUAAACAAAACUAACUGUGCAACAUGGUUUUUUGAUUUGUUAUGACUCAGAGAAAGAAAGAUUUAUAUUUUUGUGGCAUUUUGGAAAUAUCCCUGAUCACAAUGGUUAUUGUUAAAGUCAUAGUAAACUUAGUGAAUCAACAAUAUGCUUUGAGUAAUGGCUGAAGAGAGAAUAUAGACUGGGGCACCUGGGAAACACAGUUCCUCUCCAUGGAAACUAAGUUUCCACAAAAUCCACUGGAAUCAGCAAGUGGGUAUGGAACCACUUCCUCUUUUACCAGGGGCUUCAUCCAACAGUCUCUGAAUGCUGCAGUUUCAGUCUUCAGUGUAGAUCCAGCUCAUUAAAUGGAACUUGAACCAAAAUAAGUGUAGGAAGAAACUGCAGAUGCUGGUGUAUACCAAAGAUCAGCACAAAAUGUUGGAGUAACUCAGCAGGUCAGGCAGCAUCUCUUGUAUGAAGACGAAGGAAUAGAUGACGUGAAGAGGGUCUUGACCCGAAACAGAAACUGCCUGACUUUCCGAGUUACUCCAGCAUUUUGUGUCUAUUUUGAACAAAAAGCUGUAGCAAGAGUGGUACUCUAAUUUGAGAAAAACCAACAAGAAAUAUUAAUUUUGCUGUUCAUUCUUUCCUUUUUGUAUGGAAGACUUUAAUGGCCAAUUUUCCAAAACAUUGUGAAGGUGGUGGUUCCUUCAAUACUACCAUAGACUACAUCUUGCGUGUACUUAAGCAAUGCAGUGACUUGACCAAAACGAUUGCAAAUGCCCGGGCCAGCUCUACCCAGAUCAAAAGUUACAUUAUUUACGAAAACAUUAUCAAACUGCAGGAUCGGAUGCAUUAAUCACUAAAAAUUAAAUGGUUGAAUGGCCAUGAUGGCAGUGAACGCUAUUGCAGGGCCUUUUGAUAAAGGUGGUCAUGCCUCAUUGUUUCAGCAAGUUUUUAAUUUGCAGUCAUUGUCGUGACUUUCCCACAUCGCUAGUAAUAAUUAUCUGAGUAAAUGCCAUAUAUUCCACUGAAAACGCUCUUACUGCAAGCAAAUUGUUAACCAUUGAACCAAAGUAUGAAAUUCAAUAACACAAGAAUUCCCUUGCACUGCUGUAGAUUUAUCUCCUUUGGUAAGUUCCCAUAGGAAGUUAAAGUGACCUUUAUGCCUCUGAGGGUCAGAUUUGAGAUGUGGUAUAUCACGAGGACUGGAUAAUGCACUACCCAAGUGUCCCACUGGUCUACACUGCCCUAAGAUUUUGGAACGCUGUUGAGGUUUUCUAUAAUAUGCUCUAAUCCCCGACUCGUGCUUUGGCUGCUGUCUUUUCACUGCAGGUCGGAAAAUUCACCUUCCUUUCCCACGGUUCAAAAGUCUGCAAGGAGAUCGAGGUCUAUUUGGCUGAAAGGUCCCGUCAUUCUGAUAGUGUUUACGUUCAGGGAAUAUUGUUAAUUAGCUCACCGUUUGCUAAAUGCAGCAUGUGAUUUUCUACCAAUUAUUUUUUUACAUAGAUUGAGAUCGACAGGAGAUGAAACAGCCAGAUGCUGUUAGCAGUUCUAUUACAGAGAUAGGUGAAUCAGUAAGAGGUAUGAUAAUCAUUGUGUAACUCAUUUAAAGGGUAUAAAGAGGAAAUAAAUCACAAUCAUGAGGCAAGGAAGUUUGCCAAGAGUGGCUAACUUCCAGUUGGCUUAAAGUAAGCGGGUUAUAUUAUCUAUGAUUUUGCUAUUUUUGUACUGAUGGAAGGCAAAUUGUUUUUAUGUACUAGUUCAAUAUAGACUGAAACUACAUACAGUGGCACUGCUAUGGAGUAAGUAAUGUCAGUAGGUGGAGGAGAGAAUUGCCAAAAGAAUGGAUGAAAAUGUUUCCCUUGUCUUACCUGGGUGGACCAUUUGUGCAGAGAUCUAUUCUUAUACACUAAUAGCCAUUUGUCUCUUGAAAUCCAAAAUUCAGAAUAGAUCAGCACAUUUGGAAAAGCUGAGGAGGAAUGGGUUCAGGGCUUCCUUUAUUCUAUGUGUAUCGGGUUGGUGAACACUACACAUACCGCAUCACUUGUGCAAUAAAGCUGAGUUUAUCUUAUAUGCAAUAAUGUAUGUUACUUUUCUAUAGGCUUGCCUGCAAAUUGCACAAAUUCGUAUUGUAUAAAAGCCACAGAUGUGUUUGAAACCAGUUCUAUAUAUUUCACCUGCCUUUCAAAUGUAAACUAUAUAUUCUUGUACAUUUUUAUGUUAAUAUUUAAAAGAAAAUUGUGUCAGACUAAUUCACAUCAACCAAUGGUUGGAAGUCAAUUUGUUGUUGAUAAAAAUGAAGAGACAAGCUUCGUUUGUGAAGUAUCGUAGUGACUUUCCAUUGCAAGCUACAUGGCUCUCAGACUGUCCCUUCACCAUCAAACUUCACCCUUCACAUUUAUACUUGAGCUUUACUCAGGUUACUGAAUUCCCACCAAGAGUCCUCAUUCUCACGCAGAAUUCACUCUCAGGCAUUAUUCUCCCACUUAGUUCAAGGUUUGAAAAAUAAAACAAUUCCCCCUCUGCCUCCCCCUCCCUCACCACUUGCUGAGAUAAAGCUUCUUCACAAUCUGGCUCAACCUGUUGGUUUGGUAGAAAACGUCCAUUGGGCCCUACUCCCUAUAGGUUGGUAAAUGGGGGAUGCAAUAUCUCAAUUGGGCACUCAAAUACUCUGAGGAAGUACCAUGACCAUAAAAGCAAAUGUUUCAAAAUAUUGCACUUAUACUUGAUACACCAGAGCCAUGAGCCAGACUACCCUUCUGCCUUUUACACUAAAACUAAAUCAAACCCAGGCAGAGGAUAUGGAGGUUCUCUCUUUAAUAGGAUUUGAGAGUCUCACCACUAUCUAUUAAGUUUUGGCACCUUAUUUUGAAACCUGUUGGACAAGUGAAAAUGUAUCUAUUGGAAUUUCGUUUUCAGUAAAUAUAUAAAAUUUGGAAUUUGUUUCUGGUGCUAUUUGGGCAUUGCCACUUCAAGAUGGCUCGGGUGGAAAAUGGAACUCCCCAAGCCAUUUAUGCGAGAGCCGAACAGGGCACUUUUAAAAAGCUAUUAAGAUUUUGUUGAGUUAACCUAUGCUGCAUUUGAUCUGGGAAUACAUGAUACUGAUAGUAGGUGUAAAAGUGAAAAUAUAUGCCAACCCCUGCACUGACAUCCCUCACGUUGAUGAGCACAAUAAUGCACCAAAAAUAAAAAGAUAUAUUUUACAAAAAAAAAUGCUGACCUGAUGUAGCUACUUCUUUUGCUGCUUCCAAAUUUUAUGUUAUGUUUACGCUUUGUGUAAAGCUAUUUUUCUCCAAAAAGAUGUAUGCAUGGAAUUUAUUUCAAUGAGGGAACUCUGAGAAUUCUAUGCUGUACAGAGGAACAUCAAAAAGGUACGAAAUAUAUUAAUAUGGGGCCAAUUUAACCAGAGUCCCACGAAUCAUUGGUGGUCCAACAUUGGUCCACAAGUUACAGUGGUCCAUUUGUCAAUCACGUUCAAUUUCUUCUGUGACCUCGCCCUUCCUAUCUUUUAUGCUGCCUGACCUGCCUAGUUACUCCUCACACGUUUGAGAUUUUAGAGGGAACCAUGCUGACCAAGAUGCCCCAUCCAAAAUAGUCCCAUUUGCCUGCAUUUAGUCCAUGUCCCUCUAAACCUUUCCUAUCCAUAUACCUGUCCAAGUGUCUUUCAAAUGUUGCUAUUGUACCUGCCUCAACUACUUCUCUGGCAGUUCAUUUCAUAUACCCACUGUCUUCUGAGUGAAGAUAUUGCCCCUCGGGUUAAUAUUAAAUUAUUCGCCUCUCACCUUAAACCUAUGU